AUGAGCCAAGACUAUAACCCAAAUUGCACCUCGUCACGUGUUACCCGAGGAGGAGUGCCUACCGUCCCGGUAGGUAAUUUACAGGCAUACUUCGACGUGACGAUUCCGAAAUUCUUACAAGAGCGCCAAAUACCGCAAACACACAUCGAUGGAAGUGCGGCCAGAGGACGACAGAGGGCACGGAGGUCAGCGGCCCAGAUGGGCUCAAGUGCAGGUAUGCAAGUUGCAAGGGACCAGGGGAUGACCGACGAGGAGAUGGAAUCGGUUGGUUUGUGUGAAUACGACCCAGACGACAUGGACCUCGAUGGACCUCUGGCGAGGAUGGCCAAUGCUACCCUGGGACAGGUGCCCAACAUGGUCCCUCGUAUUAAGCUCUUAGCGACCUCGGAUCUCAAAAAGUUUCAUGGUACAGACCAAGAUGAGGACCAAGCACGCAGCUGGGUGAAAACAGUGAAGACCGCGUUCACGAGGGACCAGGCGCCAGAUGAGGAGAAGUGUCUCGGUUCCGGAGGAUUAACGACUGGACCCAGCCAGGACUGGUUUCGUCAACUAGGUCGCUCUGUUCGUGAAAAUUGGAAGGAUUUGCUACAGGAGUUCCAGAUACAGUUUUGUGGUUUGGGGGUGCCAGUGGCCCGCCAAUAUACCACGCGAAGAAAAGGCUGGGCGAAUUUCCGCUGGACAACCUGUACCGUCUGA